ACCACACCGCUGCAGGUGACAUCCAACCAGCGCAGCGCUCGCCCUCUGCUUGACCUCGUGGGCGCGCCGCAGGUAAAUCACAGGUGUGUUGCACUUCAUUAGGAAUCAGAAUCGGCUAGAUUACACAACCGAGAACGAGCUGCAUAGACGCUUCAGUUAAGUGAUGAUGGUCGAGACGUAAGAAACGUAAACGAAUCAGCGUUUGGAGGAGAAAGUGAUGUCCUUUCGUCUCAUCUCAUUAGUUUUAUUUUGAUAGGGGAAAUCGGAUGGCAUAAUUGAGUUUCAGCGACGUCCUUUCCGUAUUCACAUCCAUUUGGAUUACCGUUUGCAGUCCGUGCAAAAUGGAUGUAGGCAUCACCAGAAGAGGAGUUUUAUUUAUUAUUUUAACAGCUUUAAGUCUCCUGCAUGGCCUCAGAGGAGAGGUUCUUCCCCAGCCAAAUGGAGGUGUCACGAUUAUACCCCAUAUUAACCCAGAGGAUGAUCCCCAGGCCAGUCUAGAGCCAACAAAGGGAAAUUCAGCAUUGUUUAAAUUGAAUUAUCCAAGAAUACAAAUACCUCUUGAGAUCACUCUCUGGAUGCUGCUGGCUUCAUUUGCAAAGAUUGGUUUCAAUAUGUACCACAAGAUCACCAUCUGGGUGCCAGAGACCUGCCUUCUGAUCACCCUUGGUCUGAUUGUAGGUAGCAUUAUGUACUUUGCCAAUGAGGAGCCCCCUGCUGUGCACACCAACACUGUCUUCUUCCUCUACAUGCUGCCGCCAAUUGUCCUUGAGUCAGGAUACUUCAUUCCGAUCAGGCAUUUAUUUGAAAACAUCGGCACGGUGGUGUGGUUCGCAUUGGUUGGGACUCUGUGGAACAGCUUUGGCAUAGGAAUAUCUCUGUUCGCCAUAUGCCAGAUAGAUGCUUUUGGUGUUCACGACAUCAGCCUCCAGGAGAACCUGCUGUUUGCCAGCAUCAUCUCAGCCGUGGACCCUGUGGCCAUGCUGAACUUGUUUGAGGACGUGUCUGUCAAUGAGCAGCUCUGCAUCGUGGUGCUCGGGGAAAGCAUCUUCAGUGAUGUUGUCACUGUGGUGUUGUACAACAUGUUCAACUUUCAGGCCAAGAAAGAGGUGGUGAAGGCAACGGAUGUUUUGCUGGGGAUAGCAGAGUUCCUUGAAGUUGUGUUCGGUGGGUUAAUCUUUGGCAUUGUGUUUGGCUUUGUAGCCGCCUUCACCACAAGAUUCACUUCCAAGGUUCGAGAAAUCGAGCCUCUCUUCAUAUUUAUGUUCAGCUACCUGGCCUAUCUGAUAGCCGAGCUCUUCUCUAUGUCAUCUGUCACGGCCAUUGUGAUGUGUGCCAUCACCAUGAAAUACUACGUGGAAGAAAAUGUUUCCCAGCGUUCCUGCACAACCCUCCGCCAUGUGAUCAAAAUGCUUGCCUCCAUCUCCGAGACGCUCAUUUUCUUCUUCCUUGGGAUCGCCACUAUAACGACAGAACACGAGUGGAACUGGGGCUACAUCCUGUUCACGUUGCUGUUUGCUUUUGUGUGGAGAGGUCUGGGUGUCUUGGUGCUGACUCUGAUCAUGAACCCUUUCCGCACUAUCCCAUUCACCUUCCAGGAUCAGUUCGCUCUGGCCUAUUGUGGCCUGCGAGGUGCAAUUUCAUUUGCCUUGGCCUUCACUCUUCCUGAUUUCAUCGGCCGCAAGAACCUCUUCGUCACCACCACCAUUGCCCUUAUCCUCGUGACUGUCUUUAUUCAGGGCAUCACUAUGCGACCUCUGAUCGGGUUAAUCAAUAUCCGCAAAACCAACCGCAACCUUUACACCAUCAAUGCAGAGAUUCACUGCAGGCUCAUGGACCACACUGUGGCAGGCAUAGAGGACAUCUGUGGACAGUACGGCCACUUCUACUGGAAAGACAAAUUUAUGAGGUUCAACGAUCGAAUCCUGCGGAAGAUCCUGAUCCGAGACAGGCGGGCCGAGUCCAGUAUUUUGGCGCUGUACAAGAAGCUAGAGCUGCAGAAUGCUAUGCUGAUCCUGGACGUGGUGUCUGGAGACAUCAGUGCUGCUCCGUCCAUCAUCUCUCUCUAUGAGGAAAAGAAAAGCUCAUCUAAACCUAAUAAGUUAUUGGCUGUUGAAGUGAAGAAGAUGCAUGAUAUCCUGUCAAAGAACAUGUACAAGAUCAGGCAGCAGGCGGUGUCAUUCACAAGUAAACAUGCCCUCCCCAACGAUAGCCAGCCCAGAGAAAUAGUGAUUAGACGCCACAACAGCAUCCGCCGCAGCCUGCAAUCUCACGGCUUUCACAGAGCAGGGGUGUCCACAAUCCAUAAGUAUCACUCUCUUCCAGCUGGGAAGAGUCUGGGCUCAAAACUUUCUCCUGGGAGGCGGAGCCAUGCAGAUGUUCAGGAAAACAUGUCAGAGGUGGUCUAUCCCUCCCGCACACCUUCCCCCGGCCCCGCACCACUAUCCUCGCCUUUACGCGAGGUACCCUCUGUACAUGACAGGGGUAAGAGUGGCAGGACAAGGCAUGGCAUGUCCAGAACAUCCUCCUCUUACAGUGAUUCCCAUGUGCCUGCUCCUCGCCGUCAUUCAAAGUCAUCCACCAGUGACAAAAACUCAGCUGGUAACUUUAGAGAACCGCAUCAUAAAGCAGAAGAGCCGGAGCAGCAACAGCGGCCUUUGUCUCCACCUACAGCCUGGGCUGCUGAGCCCAAAGACAAUGUGACACAACAUCCCCUGCUCAGGCAGCCUCAGUGGAACCCUAAGAAGAUGUAG